AUUUCCAUUAGCAACGGUGAAGCCUCAAAAAAAGUUAUCAAUAUUCACAAAUUUGCAUGCAUAAUAGUUAAUAAUACAAAAUGGAGAUUGUGUAUGUGUACACAAAGAAACGGGCCGAGUUUGGCCGUCAGUGCAAUUUCUCCGACAGGCCUGCAGAACUUCAUGUUGAUAUCACUCCUGAUCCAUCCCUGCUUGAGAAUUUCAUUGAGAGGAAUCCGGUAGAUUCUAAAAUACAAUGUGCUCAAGAAAUGUCAGAACAUGAGGUGAACACAGAACGAUUUGAAACUGAAAACAGAGGCAUCAACCACACAGAAGGAGGAUGGCCAAAAGAUGUAAAUGCUCAAGAAAUAGAACAAGUCAUGAGGUUUAGGAAAAAAGUAGAAAAAGAUGAAAUGUACAUCAAUACAAUACAACAGUUAGGGGGCGUGAUGGAGCACUGUAUCCGCCAAAACAAUGCCAUAGAUAUUUAUGAGGAAUACUUUGAUGAUGUAGAAGUAGACAGCACUGAUGAACCACCAUCUGCUAAGACUAUAAAUGUAUUCAGAGAUCCCAAUGAAAUCAAGAGAACAGCAACACAUAUCUCAUGGUUCCCAGAUGGCCCCAGGAAGUUAGCAAUAGCUUACUGUAACCUAGAGUUCCAAGGGUCCUCCGCUGACACAAGCAUGGACUCUUAUAUAUGGGAUGUUGAGAAUCCUAACAAACCAGAGAUGGUACUGAAGCCAGUGUCUCCUCUUGUCUGUCUGGAGUACAAUCCAAAAGAUGCACACGUUCUCCUAGGAGGCUGUUACAAUGGACAGAUAGCAUUUUGGGAUACAAGAAAGGGAAGCCAGCCUGUAGAGAUGUCCCCUAUAGAACAUAGUCACAGAGACCCUGCUUAUAAAGCAAUAUGGCUGCAAUCAAAAUCUGGCACAGACUGUUUCUCAGCGUCAACAGAUGGCCAGGUUUUAUGGUGGGACAUUAGAAAAAUGGGCGAGCCUAAUGAAAUUCUCGUGCUUGACCCAACCAAGAAACAAGAUCUUACUAAAGCAUGUGGUGCUAUGUCAUUAGAAUAUGAGCCUACAAUUCCAACAAAAUUCAUGGUGGGUUGUGAGCAAGGGAGCAUUAUGUCUUGCAACAGAAAAGCAAAAACUCCCGCAGAAAAAAUUGUCGCACUUUAUCCUGGACAUCACGGGCCUGUUUACGCACUUCAAAGAAACCCCUUCUUCCCCAAAAAUUUCCUUAGUGUUGGUGAUUGGACUGCUAGAAUCUGGUCAGAAGAUAUCAGGGAAUCUUCGAUAAUGUGGACUAAAUACCACAUGGCCUACUUAACAGAUGGGUGUUGGAGUCCAGUCAGACCAGCAGUAUUUUACACAACCAAGAUGGAUGGAACAUUAGAUAUUUGGGACUUUAUCUUCAAACAAAAUGAUCCAACCCUCAGCUUACAGGUGUGUGAUGAGGCACUGCAUAGUAUUAGAGUACAGGACCAGGGUAGAUUAAUAGCAACAGGAUCACAAAGUGGAACCACAACUCUAUUGGAACUCUCAGAUGGUCUAUGUACGCUACAGAGGAAUGAGAAGGCACUCGUCACAGCAAUGUUUGAGCGUGAGACUCGGCGAGAAAAGAUUCUGGAAUCUCGACACAGGGAAAUGAAACUAAAAGAGAGGAAUAAAAGUUCCCAGGGAGAUAAGGAUGAUGAUGAGGGUGAGGAUAACUUUGAAGAGGAUGAAAACUUGGUUGAUAAGGCGGAGAAAGACUUCUGGCAUGUCAUUGAGACAGAGAAGAAAGCGCGAGAGAGGAAGGAGGCCAGUAGGCAAGAUACAGAGGCUGACAAGGGAGAUACUGGAAAGCAAUCUCCCAUACAAGAAGAUGAAGAAGAGGAGGAAGAGGAAAAGGAACCUGAAAAGAAAGAGGAAGAAGAGGAGAUAGCACAAGAGGAAGAAAUUAAAGAGGAUGACAACUGAAAUCAAAUCACACAACUUGCCAGUCUUUCAAAGAAUACCAGAUGAAUACACAAUUAUUUCAGAUUGUUUGUAAUAUUUAGUGAAUUGAAUCAGAAAAGAUACCUACCUAGGAUGAUCAACUUAUUGUUCAUUCCAAGGUAUUGGACAAAAAUACAAUGUAUGUUAUGGAUACCGUAUCAACGAUAAAAUAGAUAAUGACUGAAUGGUGAUAAUGAGUGUUUUUCAUUAUUUAACAAUACUCCUACAGUAAUUUAAUUAUUGUUACUCCUACAAUAAUUUAAUAAUGCUCCUACAGAGAACCUAUUAAACUAAUUGCUUAAGAAAGACAAGCCCGGUGUAAAAGGGUAGGUGGUCCUAUCAAAUUUUGGUCCUACUCUCUAUUGAUUUACAUGGUGACCUAAUUACAAAU